AGCUUGGUAGUGAAGGAAUUUCCGGUGACGUCAGGGCGUCAGGACUCCAUUAGGGCUGCAGCUGUUUGUAGAGAAACAACAACAAAAACGAGCUAACUGUCAGUGACAGUCCGCUCCGAGCGAGGCCUCAAACCUGGGAGCUCAACCUUUAUUUCCCACCCGGAGCUUCGCCGGCUACUAACCACGGCCGCUCUCGGUGAGGAAACUCUGGCCUCCGCUUCCUCCUCCUCCGACUCGGACACCGGCGGAGCGUCGCCGCCCCCGCGGAAGAAGCACCGAGCCUCGGCGGCGGAGGGAGCAGGAGAGCCCGGGGCUUCAGCAGUUGUGACAGGCCUUUCUGGAGUUGUCUUAGGACUUGCUACACACUCCCCGCUCUCUCAAACCACCUCUGCCAUCCACUUUAACCGAAGUGUGGUCAACAACCUCGGCGGCAGCAUGCAGGCAAACGGGGCAGGACAGGGACAAGAAUCCGCGGAGCUCUCCUGCCUGAACAGCGCACAAAACGGGGAAUCAUCCUCGGCCGGUGGAGCCCAUUCGAACGGGCUCCUCUCCAGCACGGACAGCGGGAACAGUGUCGGUACCAGUAACGGGUCCGCGGCAGGGCCCGGCUCGGGGUCUUCGGCCGCCUCCACAGCUUCGGGCUCGGAGGUGGGCUCGUUGAAAAAGAAAAAACGACUAUCGCAGGCGGAGGAAGAUGUCAUACGAUUAAUAGGGCAACAUCUCCACGGACUAGGGCUGAAGUAAGUUCAUGCAAAGUCGGGGGGGAAAAAACACUCAAAAUGAAUGUCAAGGUUGAAACUGAUCGAGAAGUGUUGGGUAGAUGUUCGGUAGAUCGUGAGAAAUCUCCAGGUAGCAGCUGGUAAAAGCGCUAAUAGUGCGGCUGACAGACACAAACAUGGGGGGAUGGGGUAGUUAGCCUCUGAGCUCGGCUGCUGGUUGAAGAAGGGGUCCAUCUUGCACAAUAACAGUUAGCUGGAGAGCUAACAGGACUAGCCUUCAUGUUAAACCGUCAAACAGACCAUGAAACAGGGUCGAACAGCCGCAGUUUCAACGUUUCAUCGUCGCCGUUGAGUGUUUUUCUCGAUGUGACAGUGGAACCGUGAUCCGUUAAUAAACCGAAGGGAUUCCGCACUGAAUAAAAGACAUUACAUCAUCUAACAUUAGUAACGUUUAUUCACAGAGCAGUUGGUUGUUAUGGUGUGAACCGAUGUCAUGGAAAUUAAAGGUUUUAAGUUCGUUUCUCCACGCAGGAUGAUCGACCGUGUCCAUUUUUGCGUUCAAAAAUGCGGAGGAAGUCUCGAUGUGCGGGUUGUCAGUGUUGGUUUUCGCCUGAAUGGAUGGUGGUUUUCUCGAUUUUCCAGCUUUAGCUGCCUAAGGGGGAAAAAAUGAUGUUAUUUAGCAGAAUCGCAUUAGAGGAACCGUAAUAGCUUGGACGGACUGACACAAGUAGCCUGGUUAUGAAAACUGCCCUGGUUAUUUUAGUAUUCCGAGUGCACCCUCUGAACUGUCCUUCUCUGCUAGUCCUUUUACAAGUCAAAUCAAAUCACAAUUCACAACUGCUCUCUCUGAAAGGUACUAUCACAUUAAUCUUGGAGUAUUGUGCUUUAUCUUUGUGCCACUGUCACCGUGUCAGGGCUAAUGUGUGUGAUCAGCCAGUCUCCAACAGUGUUAGGACGCGUAUUUAUUUAAAGACAGCAGUCAAUACCGUGGGCGACAGUUGGUGGUUGAAUUUUGCAGAAUGGUUUGUUUCAUGGCGGCCGAAGAAUGCGCUUUCUACCAGCUGUUUUAGAUGGACGCUCCGUCUUUGGAUCUAAAUAUAGCAUGGUGGGGUUUUUCAAGAAAUCUUUGUCUGGCCUUCUUCAGGGUUUCUGUGGUGGUGGUAGAUCCGCAGAUCUGUGGUAUCCAGCUGAGAGAGUGGAGCUGCCAUUACAAGGCUUAUAAAAAGCAGCCCCACAAACGCUAUGUUUACAGAGAGGGUGGGUCAGGGGGAUACAUGGCAUUGGGUUGGUAUGAAACAGAGCCCCCAUAUCUCAGCUGAGGAAAUGCAAGAGGAAUCAUUGUAGCAGGAGGAGAGCUGCUGCGCCACUCCAUUGAUACCUGAGAAUGAUGUCAUCAUCCUGAAGGUGUCACCACCACCACCCCCACCCACAACCCACUCUCAUAAUCACACAUACACAUCCUCAGCAGCAGACCUGUUUGUGGUGGUAAAUGAGAAAUGCGAUUGGACAGAUGGCCGUGACUGACAGGCUAAUAUGAUGGAGGCUUAGUUCAUGUGAGUGAACCUCCGACUGUCACUAAUAAUACUCAGCUGACAACACUGCUACCCUUGGAUGCUCCGAUCUCCAACUGCUGACAUUCAACCGUGUGCCAUCAAUAUCAUCCAAAAUAAUCUAUCUGUCCUUUUAAACGUGGCAUGAUUGCUUGGAAAUGCAGAGAAGAUGAUCAAAAGCAUGAAAUUAUAUUUUGUGUUAACGUUUAACAUCAAGCUAGGGCUGGGCGAUAUGGGAAAAAGUUUAUCAUAAUAUAUUGUUUUCAUAUCAGUAUCAAUAUAUAUCAUGAUAUAAAAAAUACUUGUAAAUCUUAAAUGUUCCCCGUUACUCUUGAAUGAAAUUUAACAGUGCUUAUUGGUAGCAUGUCUUUUGCUACACAAUAAGCUACUGCAUCUGUGAGUUCUUAGUCGUAAGGCGUUGCGCUAGAGAAAGCGGACUGAAUGGUCAGCUACUUCGGCUGCACAGGCGCCAUGGGCUCUUUAAGGUAUUCCCAGACUUUGCGAGAACAUUUACUCGACAUAAUUUGCACAUUACUUUGCUAAAUGUCUGACCUCAAAAAACCAAAAUACCUCCACACCACCAAUGUUUUCGUGCCAGUGUUGUUGACGAUGUCAUCGUCUGUUGAGUCUUCGUCUGCAUUUCGAAAACAUGGCAGAAUGCCGACUAUUGACAAGCAUAUUGACCAUGUCUUAUAUCAAUAUAGGGUGAAGUUAAUUUUCAGAUAUAUAUCAUUAUUGUUUUAUCGCCCAGCCCUACAUCAAGCUAAUGAUUUGACAUUGUUUUUUAAAUGUCUGAACCCCGAAAUAAUCUUAUUGUGCUCUAUUCAGGUAGUUUUUGGAUCUUACUAAUCCUCUCCAGUCUUGUUGUGUCCCAUCUGAUCCAUGAUGUCCACAUGUCCUCCUAACUCUGACCCCUUUUCUCAUCGGGUGUGUCUCUGUAGUCAAACAGUGGACCUGCUGAUGCAGGAAUCUGGCUGCAGACUGGAACACUCCUCAGCGACCAAGUUCCGCAACCACGUCAUGGAGGGCGAAUGGGACAAGGUAGGUCUUCGUUCACCAUGGCGGACGGUGGUCAAAAACAUCCAUCUGAUUUUGGCCUCUUUUAUCGCGCACCAACAAGUGUCAAAAUUAGAAGUAUACAAGAAUUUGACAGGUUAUUUUAUUCUGAAGUUCUCAUCUGGCUCCUCCAUCAUGGUGCCAGGGUUAAUUUUCCAAUUUGAUUUAAUUCUUUCUUUUUUUUUCUCGCCUGUCAGCUUAAAGAAAAUCUAAUCACCAGCAGUGUUUGCUCAGUAAUCAUUUCCUGAUAUCUUUAGUAAGAGUGUGUGUGAACAACCUCUCCAAACCUGUCAAACAUCCUGUCCUUUUAGUACAAAAUAACCAGGCACAAGCCUCAUUAGGAACCCAUUAUAAUAUUAAAAGAACUGGAUUUAGGUUUACCAGGAACCCUACAGGCAGCAGAGAGUUAUCCAGGUCAUUGUUGGGUUUCCAUGAGGCCCAGUGAGGUCGAAUUAGACAUUUAUUAGGUUUAUUUUGGAGCUUUUUACAUAUAUUAGUGGGUUUUAAAUCGACAGGCUUAGCCGUUUAACCCUGGUUCCAGCGCAGAGUGACUCUUGUUCUGGUGAAUCAUCUGGAAUAAUGAGCGUGGGUCAUAACUGCAGGAUGGAAAGUUAGCAGCAGCCAGGUUUUUAAAGUUUUACCCUCUUAUCAUAGAGAAAGGAAAUAUGAAAUAUCUGUGAUCAGAGAGGUAGAGAUGUUAUGUCGUCUUUUUACAAACAUAAUGACUCAUUCAUGUGCGUCACCUGAACAGUUAAGUCAUCUUAGAGAAGAAGUGACCGUAAGAUUUGUGUAACUGCUCCUGUGAUUAGUUUUUCUCUUUUUUUUCCCUGUGCGUGGAUGGAAACUGCUGAGCUAACUAUUUCUCUGUCUCUCUCUCUCUCUGUGUCUCUCUCUCUCUCCCCUCCAUCACCCUCCCUUUUGUUUUGGUCCAGGCUGAGAAUGAUCUCAAUGAGCUGAGAGCACUGAUGCAUUCUCCCAAUGCUAUUGUGGUAAGCUCCCUUUGCCCAAACCUGAACCGGGGCUGAAUGAUGGCUGCUCAGUUUUUGGAGGUUCUAGAAACUGUGUGCCAUUAAAAUGCAGGUUCUGCAGGUCCGAGCGGUGAAACGCGGAGCUCAAACGCUCUGGGUGUGCAGCUAGAAUGGACACCAUGAAUGAUGGCCUUAUAACUGAUUAAUAAUAAUAGAUAUGAUAUGAAUUUUAUAACAGGCUCAAGUCCCAAUAGCAUGACAACAUUAAGAGAAACAGACAAUAUGUAAAAAGAAAGAAAGAAAAGAAAAAAACAGGUACGAUACUCCACAGAUUUGACUGAUAUCUGACCAAACUGCACCUGGGGCUUAGAAUAAGUUGAUGUUUUUAUUUUUCAUUUAUGAUGCACGUGUCCUUUAACCAAAGCUGAUAUUAUUUUGUAUUUUAAAGUAUUCUAUUGGACUGUGUGUCAGCUGCAGAUCUUUACUGUCUCCAUUCAACAGGUUGUCAUCCCAACCUUUAAUUUUUUUUAUUAGAGGCUGCUGAAGAAGUGUUGCAUUUACUGUAGAUGUACUCUGUAGCACAGAUUGAGUGUCCAUGCAAAAUACCCGUAUCUUACAACACUGAAUUUAAAGGACCUACUCGACUCUAUAGAGACAAAAAAAAAAAACUUUGAAGGCUCUUAUAAUACAUAAUAAUGUUAUAAUAAAAAUGAGAACAAAAUCCCUGAACUAGAAUGAUUAUUUUAUUACUGUGAUGUUGUUUGACUUAAUUAUUAAAGGGAUAUUCCGGCAUGAAAUUAAGUUAUUGUCAAACACACUGUAACACCAAGCUAGACACCCCCUUAAGAGAUGAAUGUUGCCGACCGCUUGCUUCUCUAGUUAUACCAACUUUAGUAACGACCACCAAUACAGAGAGCCACGAGCUCAACCAAACCACUCUAUAGUCACAAAUAAUGCUCAGAACAGCACCUAACUUCAUCAACAGGACAUAUAGGGUCACAGCCAUAGUACUAGACACCAAAAAUCUUUUAAACUUUGACUCAUUUCUUUAGCAAAGAGACUAAACACAACUCACCUACUCUCCUCCAGCAGACGCUUGUUUGUAGUGAGACCUCGGGCCAGUCCAUUACAGACUGCAGCGGGGUGACGCAGCUCAAGGAAGAACAUUUAUGAUCAUUUCUAUAUCAUUUCCUUGAAGUAAUAAUCAUCAUAUUAAUCAUUUUUACUGCAGACGCGGUAGUUCUUCUGCCUUAGCGUCUCGGUCUGAUUGUAUUUCCAUGAAGAAAUGAUGUUUGGUGUCUAGUGCUAUGGCUGUGACCCUAUAUGUCCUGUUGAUGAAGUUAGGUGCUGUUCUGAGCAUUAUUUGUUCAACUUCAGUAUUUUCGAUGUUUCAUUUGUUAUUAUUUAAUGCAUAUAGUUUUUCUUACUGUAGUAUAUUAUCCUUUGAGAGGCAGAUAAAAGCCUUUUCCUCAUCCCUCAUGUUAAUCAGUGUGGUGUAAAUUUCUCUGAAUUAGAUCCUGAUCAGCUUGUAGGAGAAGACUGUGAUCAUGUCUUCCUGGCGCUGGUACAGUCGUCAGUUUAAAGAUAAGAUGUUCCUUUAAUAGUCCCACAGACAUACAAAGAGAAAUUAAAGUAUAAAGAAACUUGGAGUUAAGAAAAAAGAAAAACAUGUGUUCGUUAUCCAUCCUUUUACCUAAGUCUGAGUUUUACCGCCUUUCCUCUCACAUUUUAAGUCAGGAUUUUUUUUAUGGAGUUAACGUCACAGUCCGGCAGCAUUCAGAUUCUGUGACGUGCGUUGUUUAGGUCAAAGCAAACAAAAUCAGGUGCUCUCCGCUCGUGUACGAGCAGCUGUGCCGUGCCAAAGUCCAACUCUGCCAACCGUGCCAGGGCCGAGGAAGCGUACCGGGCCUGAACUUUCACACUGGCCAAACAAACUGGACUUUAAGGGUCAUUAGAGGUCAGGCGUGCCGGAGCGUGGUACGAAUCGCUCAGUGGGAGUAGCUCCAGUUAAUUAGCCACAGCCAGCAUGAUAAUUAGCCGAGAAGAUGAGCCUCAAAAACGUCCCUCUGUGUCUCUGUUGAUUGUUCACGUAUGUCGAGUCGUUUUGGGUGUUGAGUCGGCGCAGGUCUGUGUUUUCAUUGUCAACAUGACUUCUCUGCAGUUCAGGUGGAGAGUUUGCUAAAGUAACAGACCUGGUUCAAGAGUCAGGAACCAGGUCUGUGUGCCCCUAAACUAGCUCUGUGGACUCCUGUGGGUGGGAGUGUGAGGUCUUAGGUGUGAGGGCUGCACACCUGAGAUAAGACAGAGACUCCUGAUACGACACGUCGCUUUAUUCGGUAUCAGCAUGUUUGGAGUUUGUGUGUCAGUUUCUUCUGUUUCUAUAAACUCUCGUUUUGUUUCAUUUCUAAGCGGAUGAAGUUCCUGCUGCUGCAGCAGAAGUACCUGGAGUACCUGGAGGACGGGAAAGUCCUGGAGGCUCUGCAGGUGCUGCGAGGAGAGCUGACCCCCCUCAAGUACAACACAGACCGAAUCCACGUUCUCAGCGGGUACGAUUUCCAUGUCACUAUCACCUCUGUCAUUAUCCAUCCUCAGAGGGUCUGCAGGUCUACACAAACAGCUUCAUGUUCCCGUGGAGCUCUCAGAUAACUGUAAUCAUUAAAGCUACAGCCGCCAUAACUGGGGCUGAGCCAAGUCCAGGACCAGGGUUGGUACUGGACGCUGACUGGUUAUUGACCAAACACUAUAAACAUGAUAUAGGAGAUGAUUUUGUAAAAGUAAAUGUUCUUUAUUUAUACAGACCUUUACAACAACCCUUUCAGUCGACCAAAGUGCUUUACAGUACUUAGAAAAUAAAAAUGAAUAAAACAAUAAAAGCAAUUUAAAAUAAAAGAAUAAAAUAUAAUGCAAUAAAAUAAAGUGUCACCACACUACUGGGUAUUAAAGCCAGCAUAAAUAAGUACGUUUUUAAUCAGGAUUUAAAAAAGACCCAGAUCGGAAAUAAGUCUCAAGUCUUUGUGUGUUCAUAUUUCUCAUACAGCUACAAUUUAAGGGGAAUAUCUGAGAUUAUGAGAAAAAUAAAACUCUUGACUGCAGGUCUGAGGACCUUAAUGCUGUUUUUUUUUUACCCUGUUUUUAUGUAAAUUUUAUCCUUGUGCUGAAAAUUCAUGUUCUAGUUUAGUGAAUUUGACUUUUGCGUUUCUGUCGAACCCUGUGAGGAUGUCGGAGGUCGUGAAUCGUCCUCUCAGUUUUCCGAUCGCAGCACAAUGCCCCCCCCCCCUCGCUCUCCUCCAACACAUCCCUCCGAUCCAUUAUCUAAUCAAUUAGUCCGCAUUGAUCACUCGGCGCAGCAGAGGAGUCUGUUUGUUUUUCGAGUCCGUCACUUCAUUGACAGAAGAAUGUAUUGAUCUGACACGUCCCGUCUUCGGUCAAUCAGUUGGUUUGAACUCAAACAUGUCCUUGACUCAGUUUGAAGCUGCACUCAGCGCCCCUGUCUUACCUGAUAUCAUGUUUUAUUUCUAACGUUAUCGUACGGUCUGUUUCUCUCUGCAGGUAUUUAAUGUGUAGCCACGCCGAGGACCUCAGAGCGAAGGCAGAGUGGGAGGGCAAGGGCACCGCCUCACGCUGCCGACUGCUCGACAAAUUACAGAGUGAGCAAACACCACCGCGUCCUGACACCUCAGAGCAGCACGCACAGUCCCCGCUCGAGUCUGUGAAGGUUAACUCAUGUCCCCGUGUGUCCCCUUCCUCUCGUAGCGUAUCUGCCCCCUUCUGUGAUGCUGCCCCCUCGGCGGCUGCAGACGCUGCUGCGGCAGGCGGUGGAGCUGCAGAGGGACCGCUGCCUCUAUCACAACACCAAGCUGGACAGUAACCUGGACUCGGUCUCUCUCCUCCUGGAUCAUGUCUGCAGCAGGUCGGUGUUUCCCAGCUCAAUACCUGUUGCUAAAACUUAGAUGUUCAUCGGUUUUUACCUCCACAGUCUCUCUGAAAGUUUUUAUUUUCGACACGUAAGAAGAAAAAAAUCCACUACAGUCGAGUUGAACCUUUGGUAUUUCUCUCUCUGUCACAGGAAACAGUUCCCCUGUUACACCCAACAGAUUCUUACAGAGCACUGUAACGAGGUGUGGUUCUGCAAAUUCUCGAACGACGGCACCAAACUCGCCACCGGCUCCAAAGACACUACUGUCAUCAUUUGGCAAGUGGACCCGGUGAGUGAGACAGAGGUCCAAGUCAACACAGACUUUGUGAUUGUGGCGCUCAGGGCGCGUUCACAUUCCCCAGCAGGAACUGUCUUAUAGUCAAACCGGACAGCUCUGCAGUUAAAGUUUACAGAACUCAGAGAAAGAGUCUCUUUAAACUUCUUCAUGCAGACUUUAUUCAGAACUUUUUAGUCUGCUCCUUUAAGAAUUAUGGAUAAAGUCAGGAUGAGACAGUGUGAGAGAACGCAGCAGGUAUGAGUCAGAAAAAAUAGCUGCGGGCCAGUGGGCGGAGUCAUGGCAGCCUGUCAAUCUGCAUGUUUUUGUUUCCGGAAAUAUUCACAUAAAGUGAAAUUAUUUAACCCCAGAACUGCUCCUUAUCAUCCUGCUCAUGAAGUCUCCUGCUGUGAGGUGCCAGAGUCAACGUCAAGUUUCUAAAAAUGUCCCAAAAUGUCCAGAGUUCAUGAGUGAAAAUCAAAGACGCAAUUUUCUCAUAUGAGGAAACCUUCCUUACAGUACCGUAUUUUUCGCACUAUAAGGCGCACUUCAAAUCCUUUAAAUUUCUCAAAAAUCCUCAGUGCACCUUAUGUAUGAAUUCUGGUUGUGCUUACCAACUUCGAACUGAUUUUAUGUGGCACACAGCGCUCAGCGCUCUGUCAAAACGUUUUAUUACUACAAAGCCACACAGCCUGAUGGCUACCGUAGCCUCGUGGAGUUAUUAAAUGAGUUAAAUAAAGUUUGACUUAUCUGACUGUUUUGUUUGGCUUAAUGCGCUUUAUAAUCCGGCGCACCUUAUGUAUGAAAAUAGAUGCGUUCAUUGAUGGUGCGCCUUAUAAUCAGGUGCCCCUAAUAGUGCGAAAAAUACAGCAAUGCUGCAUUUGAGUUACCUCGGAAGUCAGAUGUCGAAGCUGAAAAUGACGCCAGUGUUUCAGUUACCAAGUCGGAAAAAAGCAAAAUUGGAGAUGGCUACAUCUACGAAAGUUAUUUAAGCGCUUGCCUCGUCCGAAUAUAAGGCUAGUGCUGAACUAACUUUCGUAGAUGUAGCGACCUUGUUUCCUCUGAUUUUGCUUUUUUCCAACUUGGUAAGUGAAUCACUGGGAACUCGGGUGUGACGUCAUUUUUUCGGCUCCGACAUCUGACUUCCGCGGAAACUCGAAACGCAGCAUAAAUCCCAGCUCUGACGUGAUCAUCCGCAGUCUUAGAUGAGUCAAACAGAAUAAACACUUCGUCUUUCAUUUCAUCCUUCACAUCUAAACUUGGUUUGUCCUCGUCUCGUAAAGAGAAUCAUCUCCUCUUUACUCCAUGUCUGCAGAAAGAGCCCGAAGGAGAAGCUCCUGUUCAUAUCCCAGAAUUUGCUCGUCUGAUUAGUUCUUCUUUUUUCCGUCUCAAACUUUCUUCACUUGUCUGAAUCAACACCCCGCAGGCGUUGGAGGAGAUAAUUAAUUCGUCACUGUUUUUUACUUCUCCUCUUAAUGUCACGCAGCCUCCUGCCGGUCCGUGUUCACUUCUCUGACUGUGUUUUGAAAGCUCUAAUUCCUGGUUUCACUGCUGCACCAUCCUGGGUAAUAAAAUGGAUUUCACCUUCAUCACCUCCACCUCCUCUCUCUUUGCAGGAGAGCCACCAGUUAAAGCUGCUGAGAACCCUGGAGGGUCACGCGUACGGAGUCUCUUACUUAGCCUGGAGUCCCGAUGACACCUACCUGAUUGCCUGUGGACCUGACGACUGCUCUGAGCUCUGGCUCUGGAAUGUUCAGGUGACAUGAUCCUCGUUUUAGACCGAGUUAUUUCUAGAUUCACAUCAUUUCUCGCUGUGAUCCACCUCUCCUCCCUCUGUGCUCGUGAACAUUUGAACAAAAACAUCCUCUGAUUCUGUCGUGGACCACAGAUGCAUCAUUGACUCUGUGUUGACAAGAGGAGGAGGAGAAAAACAUCCUCUCCAUAGAUCCUGUGUGUACUCAAUGACCUCUCCUUUUCUCCCAUCCCUCCCCCUCCCCUCUCCUUUCAUCCACCCCUCCCCCCUCUCUUACUUAAUGUUUCUUUCUCGCCGUCUCUCUCCCUUCCCCCAAUUUCUCUCUCCUGCUCUGUUUUUCUCACGUCUCUGCCGAUCCCUCCAACGACCAGACGGGGGAGCUGCGGACCAAAAUGUCCCAGUCCCAUGAAGACAGUUUGACCAGUGUGGCCUGGAACCCCGACGGCAAGCGCUUUGUCACCGGGGGACAGAGAGGACAGUUUUACCAAUGCGUGAGUUUAUUUAUUUUUUUUAUGUAGUUCAGGAGGAUCGAGGGGGAAGGAGCGACAUAUGGACGCUGUGAUGUGACGGCUGACCCCACAGAGGUCACUGAGAGACACUUGGAUAUUAACCCAUUAAGACCUGCAGAGAAAGUAAAGACUCUGCACUGGAGAAUAACAAACAUUUUGCUUUCUGUAAAACAAGUGUCAGUCAUGAUGAAGUGUCCGUUCAAUACAAAUGUAAAUGUAAAAAAUAAAGUGUUGAAAGGGUAAACAGCUGUCCCAGUAUAGUGCCAGUACAAAAGCAGAACUAAAAAAUAAAAAAUAAAUAAAUAAGUGUUUGAUAGUGUGUUCAUCUCUGUGCUCACCCAAAGUCAUGCAGCACUCACAGAAAACACUGAUAGUGUGAGACAAAGACCUCAAUAUGAAGAGGUUGUUCACACUGCUGGAUGCUUCUCUCUGCCUCCGUCGUUGUUUACUUUCCUCACCAAGCACAUAGCAAGAUCUGAGCAUGAAUCCGAGCGCUUUAUUAGUCUAUCAGAGGCAAAUGGGUAUGAUGAUUUGAUUCGCCAUGACUCCAGAAGUGAUUAAAAACUACAGAAUGUUACAAAAUGACGUAUCCAUGCCACCGGCUUAAAGGGUAGAAAUGCGCAGUGGUGCCGCCGGCUUGGAAGGUUGAAUGCGUUCAUGUUGUACCAGUUUAAAUGGGUUAAUGUGCGUUGAUUUGCCUAAAAUUAUAUACUUUCAGGGCUCGACAAAAACUUUUUUCACAUGUUCUCAAGUUGAAAAAGUAAGGAGCACACAAAGAACUUUAGGGGCACUAUGAAAGUUGAUCAAAUAAUGUGUGUCUUAUUGGUCGAUAUAACUUCUAUUAUUUGAAAUCAAUUUUAGGUCGAUCUGUCACAUGACAUGGAGGCUAUUGAAAGAAAACAGCCUUUUCUGAGAACAUCAACCGGUAAUUUAUUGACGGUCCCUUAUUCAACACCAACGUUGACAGUGAGGGUGUCGAGUAGAUUUAACAGUGCUGCUGUUGUUAUUCCCGGUUAUGGAGAGAGAGAAGACACCGGUAGAUCCUCAGAGAAUGUCCGUCAGAUAUCCAACCUGAAACUAACUUCACCGCCGUAUUUACAUGAAAAAAACAUUUGCUACCUCAGCUGAUUUUUUUUUUUUUAUGUGCACACGUCUAUUUUUAGUCCCAAAUGCGAGUGAAACGGUCGCACUGUUGAGCCCUGACUUUAAUGUCUAAUCUAAAGAGAUGUUUAAUAUCAUGAGGAGAAAUAAAACCGGGGUGGACUUUAACCUGUGAACCUCUGUGUCUCCAGGACCUGGAUGGUAACUUGUUGGACUCCUGGGAGGGUGUGCGGGUGCAGUGCCUGUGGUGCCUGAGCGACGGCAGAACAGUACUGGCCUCAGACACGCACCAACGCAUCCGGGGGUACAACUUCGAGGACCUUACAGACAGAAACAUGUAGGUAUCAGACGCCGCGCCGUCAAUGUUUACGGACGGUUUGGAUUAAGCUUAAACUGUGGAAUGAAUUUCUGAAUCUCUGGACCCGUUCUUCCUGGAGAACUUCUCCCCAUGUUUUUUAAUCUUGUUGUUGUUUUUGAGCACUUUGUAGCUCAGGUUUCUGUGGAUAUUUGUUUCUCUGACCUCUUCUCCGCCUGGUGCCUGACUGUGUCUCGUGUCCAUGUCCUCCACAGAGUUCAGGAGGAUCACCCUAUCAUGUCUUUUACUGUUUCAAAGAACGGAAGAUUAGCUUUGUUAAAUGUAGCAACUCAGGUAAGCCUUUCUCAUCCAUCACUACCCUCAGUUUAUUCUUCAGCCCACCCCCGGGUUCAGAGACCCUUCAGCUCUUCUUCUGCUUCCCGCUGUAGGGAGUGCACCUGUGGGACCUUCAGGACCGGGUGCUGGUGAGGAAGUACCAAGGUGUUACCCAGGGCUUCUACACCAUCCACUCCUGCUUCGGAGGACAUAACGAAGACUUCAUUGCCAGUGGCAGCGAAGGUACAGUCAAAGAGGACCAAAGCUAGCUUAGUGUUAACAGGAUUAACGGUGACAUACUGACAGGCUGACACAGUUAAUGUACGCUUAUCUGACUCUACGGGAGUCCAAAUCUCGUUGUCGUAGUAACCCCCUGAAGUGGGCUCAGUUACCAUUUGCUGUGUCCUCACAUGCGUCCCUGAAUACCCUUGUCUCAUUUCCCUUUCUUUCCCUCAGACCACAAAGUGUACAUCUGGCAUCGGCGCGGCGAACUCCCCAUCGCCGAGCUAACAGGCCACACACGCACCGUAAACUGUGUGAGCUGGAACCCAACCAUCCCAGGACUCAUGGCGUCCGCCUCAGACGACGGCACAGUGCGCGUGUGGGGUCCAGCGCCCUUCCUCGAGACGCAAGAGGCGGACGGACUCAACGGUAAGAGCCGGAUCCGUUCACCCCGACAGUGCAGCUCUUUUUUUUUUGCUAAACCGAAGUCGUCUUACUGUUCUCACGUCUGUCUUCUCCACAGAGAACUGCAGUAACAUGGACAGUUGAUGGUCAGUUUCAGGCCUGGUGACAUCUCUCUUUACCAACAAUCCAAGAACCCCACAGUAAAAACAAAAACCUACAUGGGCGAUCGAAAAUUCAACACCAACCUGAAGCAAGUGAAGAAAAAAAAACAAACAAAAGCCGCCGCCACGACAAACGAGAAAAACUAAAGCGAGAAAAUUCGGUCUCCCAAGACGGAACGGUGGAGUCAAAGAUGGACACGAUGAAAAAUCAGGACCUCCACGAAAAAACCUGGUCGUUACCCAGAGGACAAACCAGUCAAAGCCCCAGCGGGUUACGAGUGCCAUCCAAUGGCGAGCUUCAACGGCUGUUCUUCUCCUCCAUCUGACCCAGGAAACCCACCUCCACCUCGAGCUGGGAGCGUCCCCCCCCCCACGACGCCUCCAAGACGGACACGGCAGGGGCAGCCGUCUGCUUAUUGGACUACAUCUGUCUGCCUGUUUGCCUGUUUGUCACAUUACCUGUAUAAUGUCUCCAUGGACACGGGUGGGGUGUUGCUCGGGGAGGAUGGCGCGCAGGGGGGGAUAUAGCAACUCUUCUUUAUGUGUGUUUUCUCCUCUCCCCCCCGCUCUCUUGCUAUAUUCUUCAAAUUGAAAAAAAAACCCACGACGGAAACACCGACCGACCAGCUGACAAAAAACACACACACUCACUCACACACACACUCAGAAAAUGCUAUGCUAAAUGUUGGAGUUGUUUUAUGAUAGACAUAGCGUAAUUCUCAUUUAAGAGGUGAAUCUUAGCUCGAGUAGUGCCCGUGGAAAGCUUUGGCGCAAAGAUUCCACUUUCUGUUUCUCGACAUUUAGGAACUUUUUUUAUUCCUUUAAUUUAACUUUUAACAAGGACGGUCGCCGUAACGUGUCCGACCCCCCCUACUCCUCUGUCCAGCUACCGCACAACAACUCCAUCACAUCUGCCUAAAGAGGAGCCGGAGAGACUCACGGGUCACAUAUCAACGAAAAACGAGGCGCGGCUCUCGAACACACACACAAAGACGUAAAAAAAAGUGCGACUUGGAUGCACACCGGUAACCGCUGUCCCUGUAUGUGCGCGUGCGUGCGUGUGCGUGAGAGACUGAGUGAGAGCGAUUAUGCAUGCCCACAUUAUUGUGAGUUGACAUUUGUGGGUGCAGGUUUAAUUGCAGCGUGUUUUUUUUGUAUGUGUGCUCUAUUCACACCAGCAGAAGACCCCCACCCACCCUCUAUCCUCCUCCUCCUCUAUCCUCCUAAUCCCAUCGUCCAAAUUGUGAAAAAUAGGAUUUUAAACCAUUUCUAAGUUAUCCAAAGCCCCUUAGGGACCUCUAUCUGUGGAACAAAGAAUACUUGAGAGCCAUUUUGUAAUAGAAAACACUUUUUUUCUUUAAUCCGGGGCUUUAAUUUUUACAUUACGAUUCAUUUCUCCUUUUACCACGUGGCAUUUAAACCCACAGUCGAGUCACCGGCGACGUGGGAAAGACAGAAAUUUAAUCUGCGGUGAUAUUAGUGAGAAGGUCACGACCUAAUUAAUACGAGAAGUGAAUAAUUGUAAAUUAUUAGGAUGAAUAGUUAGAGAGAAGGGGCACCGAUAAGUAGGACCACUGUCAGCAUAUGGGAGUAGUGUGACGAUGAUGAAUCUGAAAAACACACACAAACUGCCUUCCUCCUGUUCAUACAGUUGCACACAAACUUUCAGUAUGUAUGACGUCCCCCUCUUCUUCUUCUUCUUCUUCUCCCCCCUCUGCACUUUGAGUGGUCUCUCAGCUCUUUUGCACCGACUGCAUCGAUCCACAGAAGAAUAAACCCCCCGAGUUUGCUAAAAAAGAAAAAAAAGGAAUUGAGCCCUCACUUUGCCUCUAUGCACCCAAAAAGCAGUGACUUAUCAUUCUCUCGUCGACAAACUAAAAAGAACCUGAACCUCGCAGCACAUGAAGGCGCAGCAGCAGCAGCCGCAUAUUAGAGAGAAUUCAGCAUUAACGCCCCCCUCCCUCCCCUGUCGCUCUACAGCCAAGUUAUUCAGUGGUCAGUGCACCAUUCAAAGCUUUCUUCCUCCCUUUUUUCAGGGUAUGUAAUGACUAUUUGCUACAGACUGAUAUACAGUUAAAAUGUGUUUAAAAUCAGUGCUUUUCUGCCUGUUUUUAUUGAACCUUUUUUUUUUUUUUGUUACUUAAAAUUUUUUGUUCACAUUAUAUCAUUUUUUUUGGUUGACCUCUAUCCCUGUAUGAUCAUAUUAAAAUAUAACCAGACAUUUUGAGUCCUCAUUUUAUUUUGAGUUCUCUUUAUAACCCUUUUAUCUUUCUUUUCAUUUACUCACUUUCUUAAUAUUUCCGUUUUUUAUCCAAAUGAAUAUGCACAGGAACACCCAUGCCUGUCGGAGUGGGAUUGGAGUUGAUUUUCUCUCUUUUGUUGUUGUUGUUGUUGUUGUUUUAAAGGAAGUGUGUUACCUACAAUCAAAUCAGGUUUUAAAGUCUCCACCCCUCGCCUUUAAAAGAGUUUCCUUCAUGUGAAAAUCGACUUUACCGCCGCAUGUCUGUGUGUGAUAAGACCGGAUCUUUCUCUUUGUGUUCUGUUGCCGAUCAGAAGUUGUCGGCAAACGCGUGUUUUCUGUAGGUGACAUGUGUCGCACCUGGACUGCAAGAACGGACUCCUCCUUCUCCACAUCCUGCAUCUUCUCUCUGAAAACAACAGUAAAUCAUAAACGAAGAACUCAAAAUUAGUGACAGUAAAGCCCAUAAUUCACCUGCUGGUGGCACAUGCUAUGUCUGUAUGCAACCUGGUGUCCACUCUUCUUUUGUCUGAGUUUCCUGAAGGAGUUGUUUCUGAUUUCUCUUUGUCUUAUUUCUCUCUGAAGGUGGCGGAGUCAGUGUUGAUGGUGGUGGUGUUGGGUUGGGGGCUGGGUGGGAGUAAACUAAGGGCUUACUGUAGCAUCUCUAAGCUCCUUGGGCGAGGGCCGGGGAAAAAGGGAUGAUGUGUGGCUUUGCGUUCAAUGUGUUAAUUACAAAGUGAUUGUACUGUUUUGUAUUGUUGUGUAGGAAAAGUGUUAUGUAUGCAUAUUUUCAAUAAAGCAUUCAGGGUUUUGAAAAAAAAAGGCCAACAGGAGUUUGACGGGGCGAGAGAUUGUGAAGGCCCCUAAAACUUCCCCCCCCUUUGACUAAAGAGCAAAAAGGGAGCCCAGUCCGGCCCUGAAUCACUGCUUUUGGCAAAGCAUGUGUCAAGGGCUCUGCGGUGGGAAACGCUGGGUUGAUCUUGUGUCCGAAUUUUACUUUGUAUUCAGUCAUUUGUUUCUUGAAAGCAGUGUCUGGAGCCACACCACCUGGUAAAAGGCUAACUUCAAUGCCAUUAGGAAUAAUAAGAACAUUUGCCAAUAAAGUGACGUUAUUUUCAGUAAGCUUUGUU